AUGGGAACCAAUGUCACCGAACUUAUGGAUGAGCUUCAAAAGACCAAACAAAAUCUUUCUGAAGUGAUUGAUGAGUGUGUCUUUGUGGAGCGUCAACGAGACCUAACAGAACAGAAGUUAACAGCAGAAUUAGGAGAACGAGAUCGAUUAGUUGCUGAUUCUCUCUCCGCACUAAUGUCCUUAAUUGAUUAUCUCUCCUUAUUGGAGAAACGGGUUAUCAUACCAGCUUUGGGAGCCUUCAAUGUGAUUGUGAAUAAAAUACCAGAAAUUUCUACAAAUCGAAGUUCAACACUUGAACGUGUAGAAGGAGUUCUUAGCGCACAUAAUAUAGCUCAUUUUCGUGAAAUAUUGUCAAGAAUGCAACCUUUAAAAGGAGAAAUUGAAAUUGAAAUUCAACGUGCAUUAUUAGAAAAUCCUCUCCCCUUCUCAAUGGAAGAAGCCUAUGUAUUGAUUCGUGCUCUUCUUGAAGAGAAGAAUAAAUUGCUUGAGAAAACGGAUGAUGCCAUGCUUCGUGUAAACUCUAUUAUUACUCGAACUCAACCUUUACGAUCAAUAUCCCCAUCUCGAUCAGAUGAAGUGCGUGAGUUAAAACAGAAAGUGACCGCGCUUAUGCAGGAAUUGGAGUCGAGAGAUCAUGAGAAACGAGAAGCAGCUCAUCGAUUUGCAGUUCUCCAUCGAGCUCUUGAAGAAGAAGAUAAAAGUGCUGGAGAAUUGUAUCGCUUACGAGAGACUAUAGAGCGUCAGGAAAAAAUCAUUGAGCAAUUACGAUUAACAAUUGCUUCAUCCACUAGAGCAAAAUCAGAUAUUCCAUCCUUCAAUGGUCACAUCUAUAGUAGUAUGGGUGAUGAGAAGGAAGGUAGUUUAAUCUCACAGUUAAAGGCAAAUGAGUUAACGAUCGGAACACUUAAUAGAGAGUUGGCAAUACUUGAGGAUAAUUAUAGAAACCUGGAGAAACGCAGUGCGAAGGAGCGUGAGGAUCUUCAGGCAGAAUUAGUUUCUGAGAGGACCAAAUACCGGGAAGAACAGGCAGAGUGUGAUUCUGUUCUAGGACGAGUGACAAUGGAACUAGAACAGCUGGUGGCAGAAAACGCACAACUGAAGAAACGCCUUAAGGAGAAACACAAUAAGAAAAAGACUCCACAAAAAAGCAUCUUGUGA